GGAAGUGGUUUGCAAAUGGCGGUUGUGUUGAAAGUCUAAACAUUGCUGCCAAGUGGUUGAGGUAAAGUGUCCGUGUUGAUAUCAAGAGUGGUGGCAGUGCUGUGAUGGCAGAGUCUGGGGAUAAAGAAAACCAGUCCCUGCAGGAGAUGCAAGUGGAACAAGAUGAUGCCAGCAUGAGUCAGAAAGCAGUGCAGCCUGAGAAAAUGCUGAAAGGGAGCCCUGAAAAAUUGAAAACUUCACCUCAGAAGAAAAAGAAGAAGAAAAACACCCCAAAGAAACAGAUUUCUGACAGCACUGAGAAAGAAACUCCUACAGAAGGUGGAGCUGCAGCAGCAAAUACAGAAGGUGAAGGAGCCAGAGAAGUAGAAGGCCAUGAAGCAUCUACAGAAUUGUCAAAGGCAGCAGAAUCUGUUGAAGAGAUCGGAGAUGCAGAAGUCUUAAACUUGGGUAACCUGGCAGAUCUUGAUGGUCCAGGAAGAAACCGUUUAUUUGAGAGGGGCAGGCAGUAUGAAGACAAUGGUAAAGCACAGCUGGCUUUGAAGUGUUACCUAGGCUGUUUGACUGGCCUGGAGGAGGGGAGCGGGUUCACAUACUUACCACAGUGUCUCCAUAGUGUGGCUGAUGUUUAUUUUAAAAAAGAAGAAUAUGAAAAAGCUAUUCAGUUUAUACAAGCUGAGAAAAUGUAUUAUGAGAGUGCCUUAAUUGACACCAUGGGGCUGGAGAAGAGGGUUGAGGACAGAAAGAAGGAGAAAGAGUCGGGAGAUACCUCACCGCCUGUUACUGGAGAAGAAAGCCUUGAUGCUUUGAGAGCCACAGAAUAUGAAGAGUUGUCAAAACUGUGUCUGGAGAGAGAUCAGCCAAGGCUAGCUUUGGAUUACAUUGCCAAGGCAACCAAGCUGAGGCAGCAGGUAUUUGGAGAGCAGCAUCCUAUCACUGUGAAAAGUUUAGAUUUCUUCACUGUUGUCUAUGCAGAGGUUGGAAAACAGCAGUAUAAAGAAUCUCUGCAGAAGCACACUGACAGGGCAGUGUCACCAGGUGAGGGCGGAGAUGCACAUUCCACUCCUAUUUCAGAGCCAGCUUCAAUAUUGAGACGAAGGAAAUUCACUACUGAUUCCGAUCUGGCAGAAAAACUCAAAAAAGAAGUUAGUUUUGAGGAAAUGAGAAGAAGAGACAAGGAAGAUGAGGAGUGGAUCUCUAUGACUCUGUUAUGGAUAUUCUUAGGAGUAUUAAGUAUUAUGCUUGUGGUACUUCUCACCACACUUUACUGCAGUCUCACAGAGAGAUCUUCCACAUGUUCGGCUAUCAAAGGCAAUAUUUACUAUGCCUACAUGAAGAUAAAAUACACAUAUCAUUACUAUACAAGCACUAAGGAUUUCCACAUGGAGCCACCAGACAGAUAUCAAAGCUGACGGAAAUGUUUUGAGUCUCAUAGCUAUGAUUAAGAAAAAAACUAAAAUCUAGCAUUCAGAAUUCAGCAGAUCUGGGCUUCUGACUAUUGUCAACAAAAUGGAGUUAUUUAAAUUUUCUGCCUACAGAAAUGGGGAAAAACGAACUAGAAUUACACCAGUGUCUAAUUUUGCUGUACCUUUAAUCAGUAGCAGAAUACAAUUUGGAAAUCAAAUUUUUUUCUUAAAAACUUGAUUUGAUCAUAUUUCUUUAUGCUGUAUCCUCUUGCCUUACCCUUGGUUAUUAUUUCUCUUCAAAUGAUCUCAUUCACUGAUGAUUUACAUUGCACUUAAUGAAACAAAAUUACUCUUUCAAUUAUAUUUCCUUGCUUUGAACAAUCUUAAUUUGAUUUCUUUAGAAUUAUUCCUUUUAGACUCAUUAUUGUGACAACUAAAGAUGACUGAAUACAUUCCAUUUAUUUUUAAUAUGGAUAAGGGUUAAUUAGGGGGACCUGGUUAUUGUUGCAGAUAAUGUAGAACUGAAAUUGCACAUUGUAUCAUGACUUUAAAUGAAAGGGGUUUACCCAGCAUGUUUUUCAUUUACAUUUAUCACCUAGCUGUUAUUCAAAACUGUAGAGUUAUGACUUGCAGCAUUUUAACUGUUAUUUUUGUAUGUUGUAUAUGUAACUUCAAAGGUUGUAGAGAAAAGGUUGAAUCAUGAAGGCUAUAGCAGGUGUAAGCAUACUUCAUGACAUUUGCAAUGAAUAUUUGAAGAAGAGAACUGAAAUAGCUUAUCUGGGCAGGACUGAUGGAUAUCACCCUCUUAACAGUUCAAUAUAGAUAUGACAUUGCAGGCCAAGCCAACUCGGGUCAAUUGGUAGAUAAGGGAAAAAGGGAAUGAAAUAGAUAAAAGGUUUGGUAUGAAACUUGUUAAUUUAAUUGCUCUCAAAAUGUCAAAAUAUGACACCAAAGUGGUAUUCUCUAGAGUACAUUUACAUGUAGUGGGUUUCCCUAUUAAUGCAUUAAUCAAAUUCUGUCUCUCCUGUCAGUGUAAUGGUUAUACCAAAGAUUAAUAGAGGUAGUAUUCUUUGGAGAAUGUUGACCAAAGCAUUAUUACAGCUGUGGCUCUGGUGGAACGGUCUGUGUGAAAACUCUGAAGUGCCUCCAUGGUGGUAGUCGAUGUAAAUGUAUUUACUGAAAGAAUAAUCACUUUGAAUUUUGUGAAAAAAAAAAAAAAACAUUGUUUCUAACCUUUCAUUUUAAUUUCAAUACUGUUGUACACUAGUAGAUUUCAUAGUGCUGGGAUCUGUACUUAAUAUAUUUUACAUUUCCUUUAUUCAAAGGUCAUUCUUUUAAGAAUAUUUUAAAGGUUUUACUUUGGUACUGUUCAGUUAUAAGGUUUUCCAUUUUGGAAUCUGUUUUGAAAUUUAACACUUGCACAGAUAUAUUUACUUUUUGUAAGCUUUAACUUAAAACUUCACUUCAGUACUUUUCCCUCAUAUAUUUUGUAAUUUAUAUAUACAGAAGUUGUUUAGGUUUACUAGUAAUUUUAUACAAAUGAAUUGCUUUUUGUUUUAUUUUGAAGAUUACUUACCACUGAUAACAUUCCUGAUGGAAUACAAUUUACAUUUGUAUGAUUAUGUCAUAUCUUAUCAGUAUUUAGGCAUUACUUUUUCUUCAUUUAUUUAUUAUAAUUUUAUUAUCAUAGAUUGUCUCUGUCCUGUUUUAGUCUGCAAUAGAAAUGUAUCCAAAUACAGUGGUUCAUUACAUUUAUAUCACCCUAAUUCAACCAUGACAUUGUAUUGAAACAUUUCAUCCUGAACCAUGCAGGCUGACUGUAAAAAUUGAUGCUUACAAUCUCAGUGUUACUUCACAAUAAUUUCAUUAUUAUUUUUUAUUAUUGUAAGUAAACACCAUCAUUAUGGCUAGACUAACCUGUUUCUAAAGCAGUUUGAUAUGACGAAAAUACCAUGUUCACCUUACAAACAGCUUUCGAUAUAUACAUGCUCUUAUAAAUUCCACUUAAUGUUACUUUCAGUGUUUAUUGCGUGGGUUUUGAAUGGGGAACAAUAUGUUAUCACUUGAAAGUCCUCAAGUGUAAGUAUAAAAAUGUCAACAUUAGCCAUGUGUCAUACAGUCCUCCUAUCUUAAUCUGCAACUCUAUCACGCACGAAAAAAAAGGGUAUAUUUUAUUUGUGGCAACUGCUCUACUUCCAAACCUUCCACCUUCAUAAAAUCAGAAUUUUAUUGGAUAGUUCUUUUUUUCUGUGAAAUAUUUAAUUAGAUUAAGCCAGAUUUUUUAAUCUUACGUAAGUCUGCACUAUGUGGAGCCAUAGUCAAUCAACUCAGGAGACCCACUCGCAGACACGUUUUUCAACUGUAAGACGUCAUUAAAGACAUUUUAGAUAAAACAAGAAGCAAUUGGGUUCUGGACCUGAAUAUAAAUAGAAGACCAACAAAUAACUUACCUCAUCCUGUGGAUGUGUAAUCCUGAUAUCAAGAUUAAGAGUGACAUUAUUUUGAUUUAUAAUAAUGUUCUUUUAAAUGGCAUUUCACGUUUCAUCACAUUUUAUGUU